CUUGACUGUUAGGUGACUUUGUGCUUCCAACAGAAGGGACUACCACCGGUCUUAUUUAUUAUUUUAGCUUUACUACUUCUACAAAUCACGUCGACGUAAGAUAAUAUUACUACGGAACUACCAUCAUUGGUAAGGUCAAGGUAAGGGGCAAGGGGACUGUUAAAGAGUGUAGGGCCUACACUGUAGUAGACUGUACAGACUAGGACUAACCUAGUAGACUAAUAUACUAAUACUAGUGACUGACAGUGAGUGUUUAGUAUAGUAUAGUAUGCAAUGCAUCAUUUUCAUUCUCAUUCAUAUUGAUUAAUCUUAUAUUUGUAAUGCAUUGCAAUUGGCAAUACAGUCUUAGUCUUAGGUCUACUCUAUGACUAUGACUUUGUAACAAAGUUGUCACUCCUCAUCAAUCAACUGAUUGCCAUUACUUCAUCAGCUUCAUCGCCUCAUUUUUAUUAUGCCCUAAUUUAUUUUUUCAAACCUUUUGUAAAAUGUUUGAAACCUUUGAAACACUGAUGUCUGACUAAGACUAAAACUAAGACAAGGCAGUGUCUAUACGUCCGGCGCGCCGGAUGUAUAUCUCCCACACUAUUUAAAGACACAUCUAUUUCGCAAACACCUUCUGGGAUGAUUGUCAACCUUAUUUUCCAGUUAAUGCAUAAUGGCUGUGUUGCUUGGGGUUGAAAUGGCUAGAAAGACUUUGCAAUUGUAUGCUAGUAAUUAGUUUUUGGAGUGUUGCGUUUGUUUUAAAUGUGGUAAAUUAUAGAUUUGUAUUUCGUUGACUUUGUACCGCGCUUCGAGCCUUUGGGGAUGAAGCGUGUUUUUGAAAUGAACUUUAUUAUUAUUAUUAUUAUUAUUUGUGAGGCGACCAAGUCACAUGACCGCCGUAACAAAGUGGCGAGAGAUAUUUUGUCCAUCAGCCUUGUCACGUGACCGCGAAUGAUUCAAAACUAGUGUUAAUUUUAAAAUCUCUUUCUCUACCAAGUAAAGUACAUCUUGCAUGCAAAUGAAAGAAAAAAGCUGAAGUGAAAGUGGCUUGUAAACAUUUUUGUUUAGUUUGUUAUUUGAGUUUGUGUACCGGUACCAGCAAACCAUAAUAUAAUUAGGGCCAGUAUUCAGUAUGGCAUAGGCAACCAAUAAAAGUAAAAGAUUUUAAAUUGCUAAAAAUAUUUUAAAACUUCUCAUAAAACUACUGUUGCUGAUGAACAUGAUAAUAUAAAUAUAAUAUAAAAUAUUUUAAAUUAUAAUGGGGGGAAAAAGAGAAUGCCCAUGCGGGGAAUCGAUCCACAAAUACAAUAUCGUCAAGCGGCCACACUACCACAUGACCACACAAGAUCUUUUAAAUAGGUACCUCCUUCGGAAUAAUAACGCCUACUAGUCGUCCGGCGGUCACGUGACAUGCUCGCCGGACGUAUAUCUCCCACACUAUUUGUCCGGCGCGCCGGACAUGUAGACACUUCGUAAAACUAAAAUUAGAGAUGGACUCUUGGUAGUAAUCAGUAAUGGUAGUCUUAAGUCAAAGUAUGAUUCUUAGUGACUUGAGUUUAAGACAUGCAAAUUAUUGAAAGUUUAAUGAUUAGGCCUACAAAGAAAUGUUUGUCAGGUCUAAUAAUUUAUACUAUAAUUUAUAAGAGAAAAACUAACAGCCAACAAAAAUGAAAACCCUAGUUAAGUCACUUAAGUUACACUUACUUACAUUUUCAUCAAAUACACUGUUACAUACCGGUACUUGAUACUUUAUAAAUACAAAAGAUGUCAGAGAAGUCAAAAUCCGUUUUACAAAAUGAUCAGACAAAAUAGCUUUGGAUUAAUAUGUUAUAAUAAACCGCGCUAUGAAAUAUUAAUAUUAAAAAGACAUCAAUCAAAAACCUUCAAUAAAAAAGAGAAUAGUUAACUCUAAUAACAAUCUGCGCCUUAAUGAAAGGGAGGCCACUCAUCAGAAACUCUGGAGCAAAACCUCAAGCAUACAUUGUCCAUUUUUGUAGUUCUAAGUAAUGACUUCCAGAAAAAGUGCCUAGGCCAGGGUCGGGAACCUUUUUUGUCUUAGAGAGCCAUGGACACCACAUAUUUGAAAAGUAAUUCUGUGAGAGCCAUACAUUAUGUUUAAAACUAAAAAUUCAAGUAAAUGUGUGCAUUUUGUGUAAUUUUAACGCUAAAAAUGCAAUAAUUAUGUAUCUGAAUUCUUUUUAAUAACAUUGUUAUGCUGUUGCUAAUCAAUAAUGAAUAUUUCUUACCAUUAAUGCAACUUUUUUUUAAUAAUCGAACAUUUGUCUGCGAGCCAGAUGCAGCCAUCAAUAGAGCCACAUCUGGCUCGCGAGCCAUAGGUUCCCGAUCCCUGGCCUACGCCAUGCCUAUCCAUUCUAGUUACGAGUGACUCAGAUAAGAGACAAAUAUGGAAAAGAUUGUUAGAGCCCAUUAUAGACUUCUGCACCUCUAGGAGAGGCAAAGCUCAUCAAACAUUUUUUUAAAUUAAUAGGCCUAACAAAAAUAAUUGUAUUUGUCUUAAAUUUUUAUCUAUAAAAUUAAAAACAUGGAUGUCUUUAACCUUAAAUAAACACAAAUUUAUACAUUAGAAACAAAUAACUGUCUGGGGAUUCUGGCUAGUUAUAAAAUUAAAAUAUGUCACAUUGUCACAUCAUAUAAAAUUUCAUUAACCAUUAGAUAAUAGUUAUUUAAAUAAUUGACAAGGACAUUAAUUUGCUCACUGAAAAUUUAUUUUAAUAUUACCAGUUACUGUUUUUUUAUAGGAAAAUUGACAUGUCCAAGGCCUCAGAUGACUCAUAUGGGUCUGGUAGCUCUUCUGCAAGCUCAAGUGAAGACGACACCAGGCCAGUUAAAAAUGGCUACACAAAUUCCACCAAAGUAAAUGGAGAUGACUCACCCAAAAAGAAAUACUCAAGCUCAAGGAACCAGCAUUACAAGUCUUGUUCAAGAUCUCCUAUACAGAAAAGGAAAAAUUCACCUUCUUCUACUUUGGAUCCUAAAAGAAGACACAAACGAAAUUCUUCCUCAGAGUCAUCUCAGUCAAAUUCUCCUGUUAGAAAAAGACGUUCCCCUCGAUCUCAUUCCCCAGUUAGAAAAAGACACUCCUCUCAAUCGAAUUCUCCUAUUAGGAAAAGACGCUCCUCUCGAUCCAAUUCUCCUAAAAGAAAAAGACGCUCCUCUCGAUCCAAUUCUCCUAUAAGAAAAAGACGCUCCUCUCUUUCCAAUUCUCCUAUAAGAAAAAGACGCUCCUCUCGAUCCAAUUCUCCUAUAAGAAAAAGACGCUCCUCGCGAUCCAAUUCUCCUGUUAGAAAAAGACGUCCUUCUCGAUCAAAUUCCCCUAUUAAAAAAAGAAUUUCCCCUCUGUCCCCUGUGAAUCAUAGAGCCAAAUAUCAUCGCAGAUCUAGGUCACCAAUUGAUAACUCUGUAAAUGAUCAGCCCCACUCGCAAGCUCAUAAAAGAGAUGAUUCUAUAAGACGCAUUGAAAACAAUGGGACAAAGUAAUUAGUUCUUAUUUUCUUAUUGUCUAACUUUGAAUUAACUGAUGAAUUUGAUUUAAGUUGUGAAUAGUAUUCAGUUUGGUGUCUCAAUAUUAUAUUUUAUUUUAUCCUAUAAAAGCUACUUUUAAAUUAAUUUUUUUUUAAAAUUAUGAUAUUGUGUUAAUAUAAAUUAGUUCCAGCAUAAUUAUCUAAAUAAUUGUUGUGCCUUAUACCUCUGCAAAAUAUUGGAAUAAAUAUGCACAUUUAAUUUUAGAUACGGAACUCAUCACAGAGACAAUCCCAGACCGGUGUGGCAUGGUGGUGAUAAUCUAGAAGAUGGCUCCCAUUUCAAAAAGCCAAUGGCUAGAGGGGGCGACAGACAGCAGUUAGAGGAUACUGCAAUAAUGGACAGGUGAGAUUGUUGUGGAAAAAAACACAGAGAACUUGAUUCACACAGAACUGUAGACUGUAAUUAUGGGUAAAGAGGUUGGUUUGUAAUAUCUUUAAAAAUAUAAAAAGUUUUCCACUCAUGCAUUUUGCAAUGUAUGUGAUGCUUUUUCAGUCUUUUCUUAUAAAAUUAAUUUGUUGUAGACCAGAUGCAUAGGGCUCCUAUUUUAGUUAGUAGCAAUGUAUACUAUGUUGUUUAUUUGGGAUUUGAAUAAAAGUUUUUGUCAGAUGCUUUCUUAAAAUUAAAGCACUUACUGUUAAAUAUUUAAAAUUGAGAGAAUUUAGAAUUAUUAUUGAUUCUCUUAGUAAAUUAGUGUAUCUAAAAUAUAUCUGGAUUUGACUCUAACUCUAAGUAGGCUCAACUCCCUAAUCAUUAUCCCAUAUGCCACACUGUAGUGGCUCUCAGUGUGAUAUCAUUUAAUGGAACCACUCUGUCUUGUCCCUAAUCAUGGUCCUCAUAUGCCAAACUGUAGUGGCUCUCAGUGUGAUAUCUAUCAUUUAAUGGUACCACUCUGUCUUGUCCCUGAUGUGCUUUUAUAAGUCAACUCAUUCACUAGCAUACAUAAAGUAAGUUAUUGAAUCUAGAUGUUUGGUACUAAAACUGAUUGCUAUAAAGUUUGAUUGCUUAUGUGUUAAUGAAAAGGUAAUACCAAAUUUUUGAAAAAAUCGUUGCAAACCAUUGGUAAAUUUUUCACUAUUUAUGUUAUACAUUAUCUUUAAACAGAGAAAUAAGCACAGGGGAACCACAAGGCUGUGUUCGCUCUCUUGUACUGUAUACCAUGUAUACCAAUGAUAUUCAAAGCUCAAGCGACACCCUUCCAAUCUUAAAAUUUGCUGAUGAUACCAACAUUGUUGGCUUAAUAUCUGAAGGAGAAGAUCUAUACUGCAAUUUAGUUACAAGCUUUAUCAAUUGGUGCGAUGCAAAUUUUCUCCAGCUGAAUAUCUCAAAAACAAAGGAAAUGGUUGUUAAUUUCAGGAGGGGGAAACACCAGAUUACAGAUCUCAACAUAAAAAAUCAAAGUGUAGAGAAAGCGGAGGCAUACAAGUACUUAGGUGUCAUCAUUAAUAAUAAGCUAACGUGACAUGAGCCCGGCCAAAUGCUGUAUAAGAAAUUCAACCAAAGACUGUUCUAUCUCAAAAAACUGUACAAUUUUGGCGUAAACAAGCAAAUCAUUAACUUAUUCUACAGUGCAACCAUUGGAAGCCUACUUAAUUUUAGCAAUACCUGCUGGUGUGGGAAUUCAACGUCUGAUAUUAAACACCGCAUAAACCGACUAAUCAAGAAAGCUAGGAACAUAACACACUAAACAUCCUUCACUUGAAGAAUUAUUUGAAGAAAGAUGUUUUUGUAAAACUAAACACAUUUCGAUGAUACAUCCCACCCUCUUCAUCACAAAUACUUAGGAUUGGGCCAUUUGGGCCGAAUUCUUUCCAUCAGGGCGAGGACUGAAAGAUAUAAAAAUUCUUUUGUUCCCCAAUCUGUACGAAUUUACUGGCAUGCUCUCUCUCAAGUCACACAUCAUCAUGAGAACUAAUAAGUCCCCGAUUUGGCUAAGAGAACUCAAUGAAUGGCUGUUUGAGAUAAUUUAUUAUAAAUGUCUUGUCUUCAAAUGUUUUAUUUAUGUGCUGAAAAUGUAUAAUGCAAUCAGAAAACAUUUCCAUUUAUUUGGAUCAAUAAAAGAAUCUUAUCUUAUUUUCCUUUCACAUGUGACUCCAGCGGCAGACGCUUUUUCCUAAAUUAUUUAAAAUUAAACAAAGACCCAAUAAUAACAAAUGAUCCUUACUCUUUUAAUCUAUUUUGAGCUAAUUUAUAAGAUUUUUUUUUUUUUUCAUUGGUCUGAAUAAGUGUUUUCUGUAAUUGGGUCAAUAUUUUCUCGCAGACGAAGGGAAGAACGUGAAAGAAUAGGUGCUUGUGGAUUGCUAGAGCUGUGGGCAAGGUCACCUUCUCAAGAAGAAAGGCAAGAACAUUUUAUUUUUUAAAAUUUUUUAGAAACGGGUACAUGAUGUAAUUUGUAGUGAUACCUCAAAACUCUCUGUAAAAACUUAUAGAGAUGUCCUUGAGGUACACAAAAGUUAACCCUUUAACUACCCCAGGUAUAUCAUUUGAGAAGAUGAUCAGCUUUUCAUGUGUUUAUUUUUUACAUUCCAGAGUACGCAGCUGUAUUUUUAAUUUAUAUAUAGGUUAUUUUUAUUCAUCUUUUUUUUUUCUUCUCAUAUGUUAUAUAAUUAUGGAAUAAAUAUUGUAUUACAGCACUGAAUAAACUAAAGAAAAUAUGUAGUAAAAAUAAAAUGUGAACUACUGAAAUGUGUUCAGCAGAGUAACUUUCUUAAAUAUAGUUUGAAAUAUUCAACAGAUCUGCAUCUGAAGAUGAUGAAGGUGGCAAGAAAAAGAAAAAAGGAAAGAAGAAAAAGAAAAAAGAUGCAGGGUCCAGCGAAGAAGAUAGUGAGGAUAGUGACAAAGGUUGCACUUCAUUUUUUUGUUGUUUUUUUUGUUUGUUAUUCUUUAUCCCAAUUUGAUGCGUUAUUAUUGGGUUAAAUUUCCAUUUUUGGGCAAGCCAAUAUGGUGAAACAAAGACAUUAGUGAAAUAUAUUUUUUGAAAGAGAGAAAUUGAUGCACAUGGUAGUAAGGAAGUUAUAAGUGAAUAUGUAUGGAAUAGUCCUAAAAUUAUGAAAUUUUCUUCCAAACAUAAACAUGCAAACUUUUUCUGGAAAUUUGCAGCUAAAAGUAAAAAGAAAAGCAAGAAAAAGAAAUCCAAGAAAGAGAAAAGAAGAAAGUUAGUACUAAGCCUUUUUUUUUUGUUCUAAAUUAUUAUUAUAUGACUAUGAUGUGAUUUACAGGCUAAAAGUAGUAGAUCCUAAUGCCAUCAAUGCUUGUCAGUCAAACUGUGACACAUUUUUACAUUCUUGCCAUAUAGUUUACAAAUAUCUGGUGUAUUUGAAAACCCCCAUGCUAGACAUGUAUGACAAAAUUGCCCAAUUUAUUGCAAACCUCUUUUAGUAUGUAUACUGAUAUGCAGUUAAAUGGAUCAAUGUUAUUUGGGGGAGCAACUCGCUUAGAGUAUGCUUUCUUCCUUCCAGCCACACUGAAUGACCAGUGUGAAAUACUCAUUGAAGAUAAUUCUUCUUCUUCUAUAUAUUAAGGUCAAUUUAUUGGCUCCUAACUGUACUUUAAUUACGUAAUCCUGCAUGUUCACAAUGUAACAUCAUAUCAAAUCCAAAAUGGGACAGCAACAAAACUCAUGACGAUUUAACACAACAUGAUGACUCUUGACACACAAUUAAUACUUCACACGCUACUCCACAGAAUACCUAACAUGCUAACUCGUUCCUCGUGUUCACCCAGCAUUUAUUCACCUUUUUGUAUAUUGACCUUUCAUAACCUGACCAGUCACAACUGGCCCUCACAAAACUAUUCACCACCUAUUCCAUACACAAACCUAAUCCUGCUCCCACACCAGUUCAUAACAAUUGCUAGAGGUCUUGUAUAGCAAUUAAAAAAAUAAAAUUUAUAAUUUUAUUCAUUUCCCCCUCUGUCCUCCCAUGUUUUUCACAACUAAAAUUACUUUAUCUAGCUUAAAUUUUUUUUUUAAAACCAGAUGACAUUGAUUGAUUUUCUAAACUUGAAGAACAGCUGGGUUACUAUUGAAAUGACUUUACUUCACAGUAAUACUAUGACUCAUAGCGUUAUUAAAUCUGACAUUAGACUAGUUAAAAUUAUUUUAACCAAUAAUCAAAAUGUUAAAAAUAUCAGAUUCAUCUAAGUUUAUUAGUUUAUUUAUUUCAAAGAUUUACUAUAUAUUUUUCCAUGAGACACUGAUGGCUCGUCAGCCCCCCAUGAACUGAAUCAUCAGAUUGUUUAAUAUUAUUGAAGAUGUGGGCAGUAAAAUAUUCUAAAAUUAGUUCCAAUACUUUACAGUCUGAUUAUGACAGGUAGCCUUGGCUAUGAUUAAAAAAAACAAAAAAAAAACAUAAGUGAUAUGCACAUCUAAUAUUGAAACAAUUUAUAAAGACCUUCUUGAUUUGAAAAGAUUAAACAUCAUAUCUAGUUUUCUGGCUUGACGAUAUAAAAUUUAUGUCACAAUUAAUAAUUCAGUCAUUCUAAGAAAAUGAAGUAACUUUCCUGAAGGUACGAGUGCAUGUUCGAAGAAAUGUGACUCUCAAAUACUCUCAACAUUUUAGGAAGUCAAAAAAAUCGCGCAAGAAGAAGAAAAAGGUCAGUGAGACAGAGGAGUCAUCUUCAUCUGGGGAGGAUUCUGGCCAGGAAGGUGUAUGGCUAGAGAAAACAAAGGGUGAGUUUAUUUUUAUUCACAUUUUUUAAAAAAUUGAUCCAGUUCUUGAAAUAUUAAUUGGGACCAACCACAUACUAUGUAUGUACUGGGUCAGGAUAUGGGGGGAGGGAUAAUAGAAUUUCAGAGGUUUGACGAGCUUAUGGGGAAAAGUCCUUAAUCCCUCACUUAUUUCUUUUUUUAUGCUUGGUUUCAGACUGAAAGUUAAAUCAUCACAAUUUUGUAGGUUGUUUUUUUUAGCCUUUAAGGUGCCUGCUGAUUUUAUCCUGAAUGAAAGAUGAAUUAUGGCCUUCCAGGCUCUUUAUUGCAUUGAUUAUUUAUUUGUAAGGUGAUAGAAAAAGCUGAGGUAUAUUUUUUUUUAAAACCCUAAAGCCUGGCAAAUCAUAAACAUAGGUUUUAAUUUUUUUCCACUAAGAAUUACUUUCAACAAGAAGGAGUCGCCACCCUGGGGGCAAAAUGUAUUUAGUUCGAUUGUAAGAAGAGACACCACAUGUAGAAUUGCAGUUGGUAUGGUAAGCUUUGGUAAACAGUAACAAUAUAGGGACCAAAACUGAAGGUCUUGCUCUCUCUGAACUGCUUUGUUUAGAGCUUCUACUUAAGCCUAAUCCAGCUCUUUUUUGAAAACUUUUCUGUUUUUGUUUCAGUCAAAAAUAAAGUGACCAGUAAAGAAGAUGAAAAUGUUGUUGGACCUGCACCUUUUGUUGAGACCAACACACUUACAGAAAGAGAGUAAGUCCAAACAAACAAAAAAAGUCAUAACUUUAAUUUUCUGGCUUCUUGUUUUGUUGAGAUUUCUAAAAAAAAUAAAAAAAUUAGUAGGCAGGACAUGUUAAGAUUGAGCUGAUUGUUUGAGUUAAAACAUAUACUUCCAUUUUAUUUGUACUGGUACCUUAAAAUUCCUGAAACCAUGAGGUAGCAUUCCUUUCAUUGUUACUACUACAGAACUUAAUAAUUGUCCUACAAAGUUUCUGUCAGCAUUUGGACUGACUCAAAAUUACUGUGCAUUAAAAAAAUUAAUAGUCCUCACAGAAAACUACAAAUAACUUAAAAACUAAUAACCAGAUACAUUCGAUUUUGGUAUUAACUGAAAAGAAAUAGAAAUUAUAAUUUAAACAACAUAACACUAAGAAGUAUGAUUUAAUUUACGUGGAAAGAGAGUGGUCACAAAAAUGUCACACUUUUUAUCCUUAAUACUAGCAUUUGUAAUUCCAUUAACUAUGGCGCCUUGAAUAACUGAUUCAAAAUCUUCCGCAAUUCAUACAUAAUUGCAUACAUCAGAAGUAGAAGUUAUGUGUUAAUUUACAAGUGCAAAAAAUAAGAACCGCCCUCAAACUUUUUAUAAUAAAGACAUUAUUUUCCUUGAGCCAAUUUAUUUGGGGCAACUGCUGGCAGUCAGUUAAAAUUUUAUUUUACAACAAGUAAAUCGAUUAAAAAUGUUAAAUGUUCAUGUCAGCUUUAAAUUUUAAAAUUGUUACAUUUUCAUUUCAGCUUCGGUCGAGCUUUACUUCCUGGUGAAGGUGCUGCCAUGGCAGCUUAUAUUGCAGAGGGCAAGAGAAUUCCCCGUCGUGGUGAGAUUGGUCUGACCUGUGAUGAAAUUGACUCGUUUGAACAAGUUGGUUAUGUCAUGAGUGGCAGCAGGUAAGAUACAAAUUGCUAAAUUGAUGCCUUCUUACAACUCAUUCAAAAUUAUAGUUAUAGGCUGUGAAGUAUUUAGAAGGCGCCAUUGCCUUUAUUAUCUAUUUUAUAAUAAUUUUGCUGAGCAUUAUGAUUGUCCCAUUCCAAGCUUUAGUUGAUAAAAUUACCUUGCUCUUGCAUUUUUAACAGAACUGUAUUUAUUUAAUUUGAGGCAUGUUUGAGGCACUUGUAUAAUUAUUCUAAACAAGUACAAUUUUUAUAAAACAAUUUGGCUUGUUGAUUCAUAAAUAUAAGGUUUAACAUUUUGAUACAUAAUUAUACAGUUUUAUAUUUUGGAAAGAAACUUUUGACUAUGCAAGCUUUUACUAUUUAAAUAGACAAGUAUCUGUAAUAGUACUUCAGUUGGUACAUGUAAGAGCUUGAUUGAUAAUUUGCGCAUAUUGAUACAAAAAAAAAAUAAUAGCCAUAUUUAGUUUAUGAAGUUUAACCCAUGUGGAAAAUUGUCCACAGGCACCGUCGUAUGGAGGCCGUACGUCUCAGGAAGGAAAACCAGAUUUACAGCGCUGAUGAGAAACGAGCCUUAGCUACAUUCAACCACGAAGAGAGGAGCAAAAGAGAAGCCAAGAUUCUCUCACAGUUCAGGUCCAUGGUCCAUGAGAAGUUGAAGCACUGAACAAAAUAUCUUGUAACUUCUAUGUGUCCAUGUAGGCAGUUAUGCUUUGAAUUGAAGUCUUAUAAGUUGCAUUUGACUACGUUGGCGGUAAUAUACUGUAUGUAACUUACAGUAAGGAAACGGACUGGGGAAUUAAAGAUAUUUCAUAAAAAUUUUCAGUGAAGACCUUAUAAUACCAUAAUCACCAAAAUAGCCAUAGUGGAAUUAUAGAGAACAGGAGAGAGUAAAAUACAAGACCAUUAAGUGCUAACACAAACUUCUAUGGUUUUUAGGACUAAUGGAUGCAAAUAAUUACUCCACUUGGAUAAAGACAUAUUUUACCAAUUUUGAUGGAGGUAGCAUGAAAUGUCUAAUGGCAGCAUGUUGUUUUUGUUUUGUCGAUGUAUUGCAAAUGCUAUUUUAUAAUGAGUGAAGUAAAUGAGAAGUGCUACAGUUAUAAUUAAAAUAUGAUUUAAAAACUCCUGUUGGUGUUUGAUUUCUUUAUAAGUACGAUUCUUAUCAGAAGCAUUUGGAGGAAUUAGUAGUAAAUAGUUGGUACACUUGUAGAUUGUGCAUUGAUAUUGAAUUUUAAAAUGGCUAGUCAUAUGGAUGACAUGGGGUGUUAAGGCAUAACAAUGAUACUAAAUUACAGCUAGGGCUCAAUCUCCUUACAUUACACUUACAGUUUAUAGGAGAUAUUUUGUGAAGUGAAGGAUUUUAAAAAAAAAAAAAGGUAUAACAAAGAAUAAAAUGUUGGUUAAAUAAGAGAUAAUAAAGAUCUUGUAUACGAGUAGCACUUCAGGUGGACUUCCACUGAUAUUAUUGAUAACUAAAUUAUGAGCAAUUUUUUGUUUUAUAAACAAAAUUACAUCCUUAAAAUUGUUUAAUGAAAAAAAAAGACAAAACAGACUCUGUAGACUUUUUUAAAGUGUUCGCAGCUACCUACAAUAAAGUGACCCAUCUUUUUCUUCAAAAACAGACUGUUAUAGAGAGCUUGUUUACAUAAUAUUUCUCGUGCGUGUCCUCUGAUUGACCCCGCAUGAGACGCUGUGUUCACAAAGGGGUGUGGCUUAGGCCUUUGAAGUAUUCUUGUUUACACCGCCAACCACUAAAAAUAAUGAAUCUGUUCCAAAUAGUAUUUUGUAGAAUAAAUGGGAUUUUUCUAGAAAUGCCUUGUAGCGGCUCGAAGGCAGGGCUUGGGCGUCGGUAGACCCACCUAUAUAAGGGAUUGACAGGCAUGGACGAGAGAGGGAGAUUUUUCAGAUAGAUUUUCUUAACAUUACGAGGCGUGUUUUAUUCUUUGUGUAUUUGUGAGCUUAUAUGUGUUUA